AUGGCUCAUUCGUUGAUCAAGUGUGAUCUGGGCAAUGGAGAGCGUGCUAGCUUCUGGUAUGAUGCUUGGUGCCAUCUUGGUCCGUUAAUAAACCUGACUGGUAAUGACGGACCUGUUCGGUUUGGGAUUUCUUCCCAACUCUCUGUGGCUGAUGCGUGUGAGGGAAACAUUUGGCACUUGCCAUCUCCAAGGUCGGACCAGGAGCGUGAGUUGCAUUCCUUCCUUGACAUGUUCUUUUCAAUCAGGCCUGAUGCUGGUAUCGACUGCUACAAAGAGCGAUCCAAUAUCAAAGAAUGGUCAUCGUUGAUAUGGUUUAAAGGAGCCACGCCUAAACACGCCUUCAUAAUGUGGGUUGCAUAUCUGCAUCGACUGCCAACCCGCGAUAGACUACAUGCCUGGGGCAUCUCCACUCCUACCUCUUGUUGUAUCUGUUCGGCCUCUGAGGAGUCUCAUGUUCACCUUUUCUUAAGGUACCCGUUUAGCAAACAGGUGUGGUCGCGGGUUCAGUCCCAUCUUCGGCUGCGUCCACUGGCUUUUCAUACCUGGCCAUCACUUCUCGCCUGGACAAAGAUUAAAUCGGACUUAGCUCCACCAAUCAUCCGGAAGCUUGCGUGUCAAGCUGUGGUGUAUCACCUCUGGAAGCUUAGGAACACUAUUCUUCAUAACCAGGUUUUGUUUUCUCCUACUGCUGCCUAUCAGGAGAUUGUGACAGAGAUCCGCAACACCAUCGAUGCCAGAAAGUCCUGA